AUGUUCCCGGCGUGUGUGGAGUGCGGGACGACGAGGAACCCCUGCCGGUGCAGGGUGGUAGGCCCGACGCUGGGAUUCCUGGCCUUCCUGGUGGCCGCGGCGAUCGAGUGGCCGGUGGGGGCGGUGGUGUUUCUUUUCCGGAAGGGAAAGGGCCGCCGGAUAAUGGGCCAUCCCGCCACCGUCGUCUAUCCCUCCGUUGCAGGUGCCAUUCCCAUCUAA